AUGGCCUCUGCAGGGACCCCGGCGCAGCGGCGCCCCGGGGCGGAGCGGCCGGCGGUGGCGGCGGGGGGCCGGGAGGAGACGCCGCGGAGCCACAGCCUGGCCGCGUCCGGUGGGGCGGCACCGCUGGGCCGCGGGGCCGCGCUCGGCUCCGCCCUGGCGGCCAGGGGGGGCGGCGGCGGGACCCCACCGAGCCCCGCCGCGGGACCGGCUCCCGAGGACGAACGGGGCGGGAGCGCCAGCGGGAGCUUCCCCUGGAGGACGGAGCGGGGCCGGCCGGCGGUGACCGGGCUGUCCCCCGGGCCCCCGCUGCCGCUGCCACCGGUGCUGCUGGCGGGCCCUCCGGGCAGAGCGUGCCUGCGGGCUGUGCUGGCAGACUCGCGCUUCUUCCUGGUGUGCAUGUGCUUCCUGACCUUCAUCCAGUCCCUCAUGGUCUCCGGCUACCUGAGCAGCGUCAUCACCACCAUCGAGCGGAGAUACAGCCUCAAGAGCUCGGAAUCAGGGCUGCUGGUCAGCUGCUUUGACAUUGGGAGCCUGGUGGUGGUGGUCUUCAUCAGCUACUUUGGGGGGCGUGGACGGAGGCCGCUCUGGCUGGCUGUAGGGGGGUUUUUCAUCGCCCUUGGGGCUGCACUCUUCUCCUUACCUCAUUUCAUCUCUCCGCCAUACCAGAUCCAGGAAUUGAACUCCUCUGUCAGUAAUGAGGGCUUGUGUGUGACUGGCAAUGGUACCGCCAAAGAGCAGUGGGAGUCGCCAGCCUGUGUCAAGGACUCCGUCGGAAACGACCACUCUCUCUAUGUAGCUUUAUUCAUUUGUGCUCAAAUCCUCAUUGGCAUGGGCUCCACACCCAUCUAUACCUUGGGACCAACCUACUUAGAUGACAAUGUCAAGAAAGAAAACGCCUCGCUUUACCUAGCCAUCAUGUAUGUAAUGGGAGCACUCGGUCCUGCAGCUGGAUACUUGCUGGGAGGACUUCUUAUUGGUUUCUAUGUUGAUCCUAGGACAACUGUUUAUAUUGACCAGAGUGACCCAAGAUUUAUUGGAAACUGGUGGAGUGGAUUUCUCCUUUGUGCCAUUGCAAUGCUCCUUGUGAUAUUUCCCAUGUUUACCUUUCCGAAAAAACUCCCUCCUCGACAUAAAAAAAGGAAAAAGAAAAAGAAGAUGAACUCUGAUGAUGUUUCAAGUGAUGAUGAAGUGAUGAAAGAGAAAACAAAUAGUAAAAUACAAGCAGACAGUGCAGUUCCUGCCUCUAUGGGAUUUGGAAAGAAUGUUAAAGAACUUCCAAGAGCAGCUGUCAGGAUCUUAAGCAACAUGACAUUCCUUUUUGUGAGUUUGUCAUACACAGCUGAAAGUGCCAUUGUCACAGCUUUUAUUACCUUCAUUCCCAAGUUCAUCGAGUCACAGUUUGGCAUCCCAGCUUCCAAUGCCAGCAUCUACACUGGUGUGAUUAUUGUUCCGAGUGCUGGUGUUGGUAUUGUCCUUGGUGGCUACAUUAUAAAAAAACUGAAACUUGGUGCAAGAGAGUCUGCAAAGUUGGCUAUGAUCUGCAGUGGUGUAUCUCUGCUGUGCUUUUCAACUCUCUUCAUUGUUGGAUGUGAAAGCAUUAAUCUAGGGGGAAUAAAUAUACCUUACACUACUGGUCCCACUCUUGCCAUGGCCCACAGGAAUCUGACUGGGAGCUGUAAUGUUAACUGUGGAUGUAAGAUUCAUGAGUACGAGCCUGUCUGUGGAUCAGAUGGAAUAACAUAUUUUAAUCCUUGCCUAGCUGGCUGCAUCAGUGGUGGAAAUCAUAGCACAGGGGUAAGAAAUUACACAGAAUGUGCCUGUGUCCAGAGUCGCCAGGUGAUCACUCCACCAACGGUGGGCCAGCGUAGUCAGCUCCGGCUGGUUAUUGUCAAAACCUACCUGAAUGAGAAUGGCUAUGCUGUUUCUGGGAAGUGUGAUCGAACCUGCAACACGCUUAUCCCGUUCCUAAUAUUUCUCUUCAUUGUUACCCUCAUAACAGCAUGUGCCCAGCCAUCAGCAAUCAUAGUGACACUCAGGUCUGUAGAAGAUGGGGAGCGGCCCUUUGCACUAGGAAUGCAGUUUGUUUUAUUACGAACUCUUGCUUACAUUCCCACUCCAAUUUAUUUUGGGGCUGUUAUUGACACCACGUGCAUGCUUUGGCAACAGGAUUGCGGCAUACAAGGAUCUUGUUGGGAAUACGAUGUCACCUCGUUUCGUUUUGUCUACUUUGGGCUGGCAGCUGCUCUCAAGUUCGUGGGAUUCUUUUUUAUUUUCCUGGCCUGGUAUUCCAUUAAGUGUAAAGAAGAGCAGCUUCAGAGACAGAGAUGGAGGGCUUCACCGGUGAACACUGUGAGUGAAAUGGUUGGCCAGACUGGACCCCAACAAAACUAUGCACGGACUAGAUCCUGCCCUACCUUCAGCUCCCGAGGGGACAUCAGUGUGGCACAACGAAUGAAUUGCGUAGCACAGACAUACCCUGGCCCUUUUUCAGAAGCAAUAAACUCCUCAUAUGAAAAUGCAUUGGAAGAAGUCACUGCUGAGAUAUAG